AGAUGGCAUCUCAUCUAGUCAAUAAAAUAUCUAAAGCACAAACAAACAAAUAAAUGGGAAUGGAUUUAACGGCUAGUUAACCAAGUUCCCUGAGAAUGGAAGCAGGGCAACAGCAACAGCAACACCAUUCAUGGAAACUGAAUGUUCAUGCCAAGGCCAAGAACUUCAAUUUCAAAUUCGUAGCUUCCAAUUUCUUACCCAAUUCCUUGUACUUCCCAUUCUCUCUCAAAUUCAAGUACUGCAGAUUCUUCAUCCAUCUCAAUUCUCAAACAUUCAUCUAUCCGAAUCCCAAGAAACCUAAAUCUUUCAAAUCAAAACUCCAUCGAUUCCUCCAGAGACUCCGCCGACGAAGUUCCAACAACAACAGAGUCACCAAUUCCAAACCAAAGAACAAGGCAACCAUUUCUCAGAGUUCAGUGGUGUUAGGGAAUCUGCUCCUUUUCAUUCAAUCAAUAUAUCAAGGGAAUAAAGAUGGAAUCUUCAUACUUGGUUCUAUUGUUAUUAUUUGCUUUACUUCCUUAUUUAAACAAAUCAUGGCUAGAAAAGCUUGGAUUUUGUUGGUUUUCUUAACUGGUGCCAUAGUUUUUUUCUCGAAUGCGAUGCAUCUCAGAUUCAGAAGCCAGUUUGAUCAUCAGCACUAUCUGUCCGGAUUCUUUUGGAAGGCUCUAAAAAAUGUUGCCUCCUCUGCCGGUUUUUAUAUACUAUCUCAGCAUAUGGUGCAAAACGUGCAUAAUGGAGACAAGGGGAACUGCUGCAAUAUGAAGAUAGGUGGAAUGUGUGACGGGGAACAUGUGCUGCUGAACAUGUUUGUCUACUAAGUGUUGCUAAAAUGAUUGCAUAGUUAGUCAUCAUCAAAAAGGGGGGAAAAUGUUACAACGUUGUAAAAUUAAUUUUGAUGAUUGACAAACUUCAUGAUGGGACCUGGUACCUCCGCUAAAGCAUUUUCGCAAAGUCAAAUAGCAUAACUGUAAAGUGUACCACUGCAACUAUAAGGGACCUGCUAUUAUCUAUGGAGUUGUUCCUUUAUUCCUUGUUGUUUGGUCUUGGUUCUUGUGCUAAACAUUAUAAACUUACUCUUCUUUACAAAGCUUGUAUAGGUAUUGCUCUUCUCUUAUCUUUUAGAUUUGAGUUGUUGGCUAGAGUUAGCCGUGGUGUAUUGUUGGAAUCUAUAUCAACCACAGUUAGUUGGUAUAGUAAGAGAGCAAUAGAGUAAUCACACUAGAGUUGUUGCUAGAUGAAAGGGAUUAAGAAUUCAAUUCCUAGGUUGUGUAAGAGUUUGUAAUCUAAAACCUUGCUCGUGUUUAGUGACAUUAUUGGUGAAUACCUACGGCCGUGACUUUCUCCUUUCUUGAGCAAGGAGGUUGUCAAGGACUUGGUGUCUUGACUCGUGGUGGAUACAUACAAGCCAACAAUGCAUAAUUGAGCAUUGGAUUGCAAAGAGUUCUUCUAGACUAAGUACACUCUCUGCUCUUUUCCACUGUCACCUCUGCCUUUUUACAAAUCCUUCAGUUUAAAAACUAGCUAUCUCCAACUAGUUAUCAAAAUUACAUAUUCUUUCCUAAACAUGUUUCAAAAGUCUACUCUAAAGAUGUGAUCUUUGUCAAAGUGAAAAGGAGAUCAUUUGAAGCGCCAAAGAGAGCAGAAAGUUUGGUCACUACUCAGUAUACACUGAAUGUGAAGCAGUAAUGCAAAAACAGUGAGUAUAUUCAUUUAGCCACCCUGAAAAGAAAAAAACAUGACGAACGGAGGAAGAAUAACAUGUUGUACUGGCUAAAAUUUCUCAAGAAAAUCAAUUGACACGGUGCACUUUAUAUUGAUUGAGUUCUACUACAGCUGAUAGUGUGCCUGCCCUGGUGUUCAAUAAUUACAGAUACUCAUUGUCAAAACUAAUGUCAAAUACAAAGGUUUAGUAAUACUGAAAUAUUUGGAUGAAGUUGAAAAUAUGAAAAUAUGAAGGUAGAAA